GGCGUCGAUGGCGGUGUAGUGUGGCGUAGAGGACGUCCUGAUAUUGAAACUGCAGACCUCUGAGUGAACCUCACCAGCAGGAAAUACACCGGGUAGGCGGCGGGGAGCGCUUACGUCGUAAAAUUAUCGCCGUUGUUUAGUCGCUAGUUGAAGCCAGCCGAUUGGAAAGCCAGAAAACCCCAAGGUGGUGUAAACUUUCAAUAUCGUAGCUGAAAAACCUAAAUAUCCACGCCGGCAAAUGAUACAUAAGAUGCCUGGUGAAGUUGAUCAUUUGAAGCCAAGAAAGAGGAAGAGCAGCUCUGAGACCAGAAACUCCAGAAAGGUUUGUUUUGUCUGUGUACAUAAUGCUGCAGAUGUGUGAUGAGUCAAAAAGAAAGGCAGGAGUUAUAGUUAUCUACACCCCUACAGCUGUAACCCCUACACCGGACAGCUACAUCUGCUGCAAGGAGAUGCGUGAAAAGUCCAAUGGCGAACUCGUCAUCUGAGAGCAGCUCAGCAGUUGGGAACACUAAAGCAGCUGGUCCUCUGGAGAGAGACUCCUGCAUCAGCUGUGAAUGCCACCAGUCUUCUGGCAGGAGGAGGUGCUCAGCAUCACCAGAGCAUGAAGGACAGGAAGGUAAAGAGAACACGCUGAUGGUGGGACAGGAUUCAGACAGCUGCGUAAUGAAUAGCAUCUGGGACAAAUAUGAGCCUGAGCAUAUGGAUUAUGAAGAAACGAGCAGAAUUAUGUUCCCAGAUGAUGACAGUAAUCAGAUCCUUCCUGUGGAGCAGUUCUUUGGAAACUUGGAUGCUGUACAGGAUUUUCCUGAAAGAUCAUCCUCGUCUUCUAGCCGCACCCAAAGGAAGAACAGGAGGCGACAUUACUACGCUAGAGAGGACAGCGAUGAAGACGAGGUGGAUUUCAGCGGUGUGCAGCGAGACAACGGGGUGGGCACUUAGUGAAGCGUUGCCGCUCUUAUAACUGAGAAAGUUCUGCUCGUGAAAAGACAUUAAACCUCUCAGCACUUAGAAAACUACCUGCUCAAACAUUGCAUUCAAUCAAUAAUUAGAUUUUUAAAAAGUCAUAACUGCAAUAGUAAAAUGAAAAUGGCCAAUGUGAGUAAAUGCAGUAAUGUUUGUGAAAUUAUUGCUGAAUGUAUGCUCACAUAACACCUGGUGUAGCUAUAUCUGGUGUAACCAUCACCAGUGUUUAUAGCACUUUGUGUAGAAAAUUGAAAUCCUGAGUGCAGCUUCAGAUUAGCCUCUGAGAUACUAAAGAAAAUGCUGGAUUUAAGUUUUUGUUUUCCCAUACAAAUGAAAACUGAUUAAUUGCCAAUGUUACAUCCUGACAAGAGCAACAGAGUGACAAUUUCAGUCUAAGUUUAGAUUACACGUCUGUAAUGAGGAGGGAUGGAGCAUGAACAUCUGUACUGAGAGCUUUAAUAGCACAAAUUCAUUGCUUAAGCUGAACAUCUUCAACAGUUUUCUGCAUAAAAGUCAUUCACCAAGUGUCUCUUCAUCCUCAACUCGUGUGUGUGUGUGCUCACGUUUCUGGCAGCUUUGAAAUAUAUAACAUCUGUAUCAAUACAUAAUCAAUGUAAUGAAUUAAUUUUCCCUGAGAGGGUUCUUCUAAAAUUUGUAAGAGUGUUGUUUAAAAAAACAAAAACAAAGGUUCCUCAUACAAGACUGCAGUCUGAAAGACUGGAUAAUUUAAACCUGAGUGAAAAUGUAAUCUAACCAAGAGGUUAACAGUAAUUGCACUAGAUGUUGUCGCCUGUAUUUUUUACAUGACUGUUCUAAACCGUCCAAAUAUUUUAUAUAUUUACUGCCUUAUUUAUGUCAAUUUGCUUUUCACAUUCUAUGCAGCAUUCUCAGUAAAUGCAUGAUUCGUUAUCAUCUUUGUACUUAAUUUGUGUACUUUACAUCACAGUGCCAAUACAGUGAACAAAUAAAUGAAUUUCAUGGUUUCUUAA